AUGGCCAGACUCGACCUCUCCGCCAACCUCUCCUCCCAGCCGAUCCCCAUCAUGCUCCGCAUCAACGCGCUCACCUCCACCCCCAUCCUCCUCAGCCCGAACGCUACAUACGCCACCAUCCUCGGCCAGCUUCAAAAGGAGGUUUACGCCCGCGCUCCCGAGAUCACAGAGGGCUUCUCCUUCGAUGGGCUGUACAUUGAAUGGGACCGCACUUCUGGCGCGAGCCUGACUUUUCCGCCCAGCUCGGCUUUGGACAGGGACAAUCUUGUGGCGACCUUGGGCUUGUUGAAGGCCAGGCCGGGUCGCGAUGUGCUGUGUUUGAAAGUCAGGGUUUCCACUCCGGAUGUGAAGCUGCAGCUUGUGUAA